AUGGCCAACUUCAACGGGCGCCGCGCCCCCAACUUUGCCCAAUAUCUCGAUGACUUGAACACCAUCCCGUCGCCUUACGACCAGGCUGUGCAGCAGCGCCAGCAGGAGAACACUUUCAACCUCGACGAGGAACUGGCUCUCUUCACCAAUACCGAGUUCUUCGAUUUCGACAAGUUCACCGACCUUGGCCUGCCUACCUUCGAUGCCGUCGAUCACAAGUCUUCCCCCGUCGAGUCCAUCGCGGACCAGUCUACACAAAAUGCCGAUAUGAAGUUUUUGGAAUUCCUGAAUGAUGGUCUGGGCAACAUGACCGAGUACCAGCAGGAGCUGAAUGGCCUGAACGCCUCGAUGCCCGUGCAAUCCGCACCUUACUCGGCGGUCCCCUCCGUGUCUCACGGACCCGUGGCGGCUAACUCGGUUCCCACCCAAAAUGUGCCCAUCACUGCUCCUCCGAGCGUCGCGGCCACUCCCGUCCAGACUGCCGUUUCGCCGGCUACAUCUGCCGCUCCCGCCAAGCGGAAGAGCACUUCCAAGGCCACUCCCACGAGUGCCGAGGAGGCUUCCCGCGUUAUGGCCGAGGAGGACAAGCGUCGCCGCAACACCGCUGCCAGUGCUCGCUUCCGUGUCAAGAAGAAGAUGCGUGAGCAGGCGCUGGAGCGCAGCCUCAAGGAGACUAACGACAAGAACGAUGCCCUCGAGGCUCGUGUCUCCCAGCUGGAGCUGGAGAACCACUGGCUCCGCGGUCUGAUCAUGGAAAAGAACGGCACCGAGGAGCGCAACGAGGCCUCUGAGAAGGCCAUCUCUGACAUGUUCAAGAAGUUCCUGGCCUCGCGCAAGACCGAGUCAAGUCUUUCCGAGUCCAAGCACGGCGUGGGCACCACUGCCUAG